UCUGUCAAAAUGCGUCAUCGUCCCGCAGCCCGCGCUAUGGGAUAGAUAAUUUGCAUUUAUUUGAUUUCGAAUGCAAAUUAAAUAUGAAGAAAAUCGUAUCAAAAACUGCGACUAAACCUAAAGGAAAAGCAAUCGUUUACAAGUGUGAGUAUUGCGUUAGAAAAUUUUGCAGUUUAAAUGCAAUCGAAUCACAUCAUCGCAAUCAACACAAUCUUCAGCCUUUUAGAGGAACUAAGCCAUAUAAAAAACCUAAAAAGGAAGUAAAAGGCAACGUCAAUAAAUUAGAAGUCAAGAAGACCAUAUUUAAAGCAUCCGUGAUACAAUCUACGAUGUCAACAAGGCGUGCCAGCUAUGUACCAAACAGCGUUAAUACAGUUACGCCUGCGAAGCAAACAGCGCCCACUAAAGCCCAUAAUACGCCUGCAAAGCACACAGCGUCCACCAAAGUGGAGUAUGAAUGCCCGAGGUGUUUCUUGUCUUUCAAUUCACACUUGAUUGCCGUACAGCACAUUCAAAAGUUCCAUUAUGGUGACAAAAAAGUUCCAAAUAAUGUUCAGCCAGAACGUAAGGAGUGGUGUUGGAAAUGCAAAAAGAAAGUUGGGUCCUUACCUAUACACGUUUGUGGCACAGAUAAAGUAGAGGAUCCAAAUGUUAUAUACUGCUGUCUCGGAUGCAACAAAAGAUUGAGCAACUUAAGGUUGUUUUACUCACAUGUAGUGUCCAGUCAUGCCGUCAGCUUGGAGACCCUGUUCUUUCCUACAAAUAAGGAGCUCUCCAGGUGGGUACAAGAUGUGGAGUAUAAAACUAAUGCGAGGUAUUCAGAUUUUGUCAAAAUUGAUAAUAAAUGUUAUGCACACUGUAUGCAGGCGACCAAGAAAAACAUGGCAAUAAUCAACAUCUGCCCGUCUAUAAUUAUGAUACAAGAGUUCCCAAAAGGGUUACAAGUACAUCACUACGGACAUCAUAAACAGCAUACUUUCAAAUAUUACAAGCUUACAGACAAAUUUAAGAAAUACUCGAUAACAUCCUUCUUGAAAGUGUCCGACUCUUAUUUUCAAUUGAAAGAUUUGAAAAGUGAUGACAACGAUCUCUAUUUACAAUUCAAACAACUCAUGGAGAGUGUAGUUGUAGACGCCGCUAAGCUAAAAUCAGAAGCUCUGACAGUAUUGUUCGGAAAGGCUUUGGAAAUGACGUCGUUGUUGACACAAUAUGAUAAUGAUGAUGAUAUGAGUGAUGACAGCACAAAGCCAGAGAACCAGAGUAUGACAGCUUCUGACAUAGAGAAGGCUCUACAAGAACCGUCAAUUCUUGAUAACAUGAGUAUUGAACCACAUAUCAAAAAGAUGAAAACAAAUUCAGAAGCACCAGCACCAAUGAUACUCAACUCCUUCUCACUGGCUGACACAGCAGAGGAUGCAACUAAAGAAAACAGCGCUACUGAUAAUAUGGUAAAGUCAAAUAUUAAAGUUAAGGAUUUAUAUUCACUACAGGAACCUAAAUUAUUAAACAAGAACAAAGAGACUCCAAAGGCCAAAAUAUUGGACUCGACACCUUCUUCUUUUAGUGAAUCAUUUGAGGUGUUUGUUGAGAAAAAUUUCUCAGGAGGAGAGAAAGGAGGCGAUCAACCGAUAAGAAGAUCUGUGCGUUCGACUAGACCAGCAAGAAAUAGAAUUGAAGAACACAAACCAACUUUACUUCAAAAUGUUAAUCCUGAUACUCCUCAAAACAAUAACAGCAAAAGCUUAUUAAGACAAUAUGUUCGGCGGAAUAACACACAGAACUCUCUUAAGCCAGAUGUGCCUGUAAAACAUGCCCCAACACCGAUGGUAAAAAUCCACAGUUUGCCUACGGUGGAAAUUAAACAGAAGACAAAUUCAGACACAGUAGACGUCUUGGAAAAGGUGAAAAGUUCAAGUAAUGUAUCAAUAGGUGUUAACAAAACGCCAAAAACAAAAACAGAUAAUAAAAGUAUACCAGAUGAUUCUAGACAACCUGUACUUGACAGGCCUAAACCUGUACUUGACAGGCCUAAAACUGUAGCAACAUUAAAAAGAAGAAGAGAGAUCAAACCAAAAAAAGACAUUAAAUAUGAAGUGAAGGAACGGGAAGAUGACUGCAACAUUUUAAUAUUAAAGAUUUAA